AUGUCUUCCAAUGACCCAGCCAAUACUCUCACCGAAUCCUCAAUGACGAUUCCUUCCGACUCCGAGCAAUACUCCGGCAACGAUGACCUCUCCCCAUCUCCCCCAUUCUCUUCCGCGUCACCUCCGAUGAUCCUAUAUACCCCUCCAACCUUAUGGGGGCUCUUGCGAGGCGCGGCCAUCAAUCUGUUUCUGCCCUUCGUUAAUGGGCUCAUGUUGGGAUUUGGGGAGUUGUUUGCCCAUGAGGCUGCUUUCCGGUUAGGCUGGGGAGGAACAAAGGUUUUCCCAAACGGGCGAAGCGCGCAUGCUAUAGGACCUGGUAUAGAAGUCCGGGAUAAUCCAUUUGAGCGAAGGAGAAGAGGCGGACAACUAGAUGAUUUGACAAGCUUGGAAUGA